AUGGGGCGCCUGGGGGCGGUCUACCGGCGGAAGGGGAACCUGAACAAGGCCAUGGAGUAUUCCCACCUCUGCCUGGCCAUGACCGAGCAGGCGUUGGGGAAGGAGCACGUGGGGACGGCUAUUGCGGCCCACAACCUGGGGUGCGUGCUGAUGCGGCUCCGCGAGCUGCAGAUGGCCAUGGAGGCCUUCGGCCGCGCGGUGGCGGUGCUGGAGGCCAGCAAGGCCGAGCUGGGCGGCGCAGCGCACCCCUUCCUGGCGCGCGCGAGGGAGUCCGUGAGGCUGUGCUCGGCCGCCCUGGAGAGGGAAGGCGCUGACGCCGCGGCCUCUCCCUGA